GUAAGAGGUUGCUGGCUGCCAUCUGUAACUGGUGAAUGAAUGGUUUGUGUGAUGGCCAUCAGAUGGUGGGAUAUUUUCUCCUGAGACCAAGGCUGCAUAUUGCUGGAUUUGAGGAAACAUCAAGGUGGUACAUGCUGUGCGGGUAUUUGAGGAGCAGCUGCUGAUCUUAGGGAUGCUGAGACAGGUGGUGAGUGGGACCAUGCAGAGCAGAGCCUCUAGCUGCUGGAAGGCUGCCUUGCCCUUGCGGUUCCUGGGCCAUUCCCCUCAGCAAAUCCCUGCAGACGCCAGCUUCUACUCCACCUCUGCCUCUGAAGCAGAGCCUCCAAGGGUCUUGAUCACAGGGGGUCUGGGCCAGCUGGGAGUAGGGCUUGCUGGCCUUCUGAGGAAACGAUUUGGGAGGGACAGUGUGAUUUUAUCAGACAUAAGGAAGCCCCCUGCUCAUGUCUUCUGCAGUGGCCCAUUUAUUUAUGCUGAUAUCUUGGAUUAUAAGAAGCUCCACGAGAUCGUGGUAAACCACCGCAUCACCUGGCUGUUCCACUACAGUGCUCUGCUAAGUGCUGUUGGAGAAGCAAAUGUACCCCUGGCCAAAGCUGUGAAUAUAACGGGAUUGCAUAACAUUCUGGAAGUUGCAGCGAAAUACAAUGUGAGGCUGUUUGUGCCCAGCACCAUUGGGGCUUUUGGACCUACCUCUCCUCGGAACCAUACACCUGAUUUCAGUAUUCAAAGACCCAGAACCAUCUACGGGGUGUCCAAGGUCCAUGCAGAGCUCAUGGGAGAAUACUAUUAUCACCGGUAUGGGCUCGAUUUCCGGUGCCUGAGGUAUCCUGGAAUUAUUUCUGCAGAUUCCCAGCCUGGAGGAGGAACAACUGAUUAUGCAGUCCAGAUUUUCCAUGCUGCAGUCAAGAACAACAGGUUUGAGUGCAACCUCAAAGCCAGCACCAGGCUUCCAAUGAUGUACAUCGACGACUGCCUCAGGGCCACCCUGGAAGUCAUGGAGGCCCCCUCAGAGUGUCUCUCUAUACGGACCUACAAUAUCAGUGCUGUGAGCUUCACCCCCGAGGAGUUGGCCCAGGUACUCUGCAAGUACGUGCCUGAGUUCCAGAUCACCUACCGUGUGGAUCCCCUCCGACAGGCCAUAGCGGAUAGCUGGCCCAUGAGCUUGGACGACAGCACUGCUCGGAAGGACUGGGGCUGGAAGCAUGAUUUUGAUCUUCCAGGGUUGGUAAGAACAAUGCUCAGCUUCCAGGGUUUCAGCACCAGAGUCGCCCACGCCAACUGAGGGCAGUGUUGGAGUCACUCCCUGCCCUGCGCAGAGCAAGAGGCAGCUGUUGGCACCCUGGGGAACCACGGUACUAAGUCGGAGGACUAAUUGAACUGAAUUUUGACAAUUCAUAAUGACCUGCUGGGUGGGAACUGGAGUUACUUUCAUCAUUGUCUUUGCACUGUCUAUGCACGUGGCACAGAAUGAAGUCCCAAGUCAUGGUAGUAGUUAUUUCCGGA